AUGCGGUUGUUGCUAUGGGUCCUCUUGGCGACCUUAAUCACCUUCAUCUCAAGCUCACACGCUGUCUCCGCCGUUGCUGACUCGGAUGAGCCCAAGGUUACGCAGCUGACGAUGAAGGAUAUCGACAUCGUGACCCGUCUACUUUUCGUUGAGGACGGUGAUGCCGCCAAGCGAUUCUUGCGAGGCAAUGCAAAGCAAGAUUUGACGACAGCUAACAACGAUUUGGAUGCCAACGAUGAGGAGAGAGGGCUCAUCCCGUCCACGCUUACAAACCUGAUCACAAAGGCGAAGAACGGCUGGGCCAAGUGGAAGGCGAAUGCGUUGGAGAAGGCUUUCCAGCAUAUGAUGAAGCUUGGAGAAACCCCCACUUCAUUAGCAAAGCGUCUCGAGAUUGGAGGGGCCGCCGAACUGAGGUACGAGAAGCUCUACGAGAAAUACACAGCCUGGUGGAUCAACUACCACACUGUUGCUGGAACCUAAGACGUACAUGUAGUACACGCCUCAAGUGUACAACGGAAGGUAUACACCAACAUUGAAGGCUGUCAUUUAAUGACCAGUUCAUGCGCGUUUUGAAGAUGUUACAGCUUCUAUCUUUUCGCGAGAAAACAGGCAAUUUGAGUUCAACAGACAGCAAUUAGAUAGGCAAGUGUCA